AUGGGCUCCCAAAUUGCACCACCACCAAUCCGCCUUGCGAUCCUCGAGACCGACACGCCCAUCCCGUCGGUGCAGGCCAAGUACGACAACAAGGGCUACGGCGCCGUCUUUACGGAUCUGUUCCGGCGGGCAUGCGGCGGAUCAGACGAGGCGCUGCGGGCGGCGCUGGACCUGUCGGCCCACGACGUGGUCAACCAGUACGAGACGGCGUACCCGGACCCCGAGACCAUUGACGCCGUCCUCAUCACGGGCUCCAAGCACAACAGCUUCGAGGACGAGGAGUGGAUCCUGCGCCUCGUCCAGUACACCCGCCGCCUGCUCGAGGGCGGCCGCGUCCGCAUCAUUGGCGUCUGCUUUGGUCACCAGAUCCUCGCCCGCGCCAUGGGCGCCAAGGUCGGCCGCAGCGUGCGCGGCUGGGAGCUCAGCGUUGUUCCUAUGAGCCUGACGGAGCAGGGCAAGAAGCUAUUUGGUAAAGACACACUGAGAAUCAUGCAAAUGCACCGCGACAUUGUCCACGAGCACCCACAGGGCACACUGCCGCUGGCCCACACGGACGUGUGCGCCGUGCAAGGCUUCUACGUCCCCGGGCGCGUCAUUGCCGUCCAGGGCCACCCCGAGUUCACCGAGUACAUCGUCUCCGAGGUCCUGCGCAUGCGCCACGACCAAAAGAUUUUUGGCGACAACUUGUUUGAGGACGCCAUUGGCCGCGCCGCCGAUGAGCACGAUGGUGUGCUCAUUGCCCAAGCCUUUCUCAAGUUUCUGCGCGAGUAA